CCAAUAAAUUGGUAAUCUUUUAUUUACGAGGCACAAACAAUACAAGUUAAUACGCCGUUAUGUUCCUAAGAUUACAUCAUAAUAGUAAAAAAUGCAUAAUUUCAAUCAAGUUAAUAUACUUUGACAUUUCGAAACUACCAUCGUCAUGUUUAGUCGUGUGUGCCUCCUACGUUAUUUAACGAGCAAAUAAAAUGACAGAGAAAUCACAACAUUAUAUCGAAUUAUAAUGCAUUUAUUGUACUAUACUUUUUGCAGUAUAUUGUCUUUAAAUAUGUAUUAUCUUUUAGCGUGCAUAAGUUUAUUAAACAUUACAUUAUAGAAUUUAUCUUAUCGCUAUUAAUAUAAAAAAUGUUUUUGCGUAUGUGGUGAUGCAAGUCUUAUAUUGAAAACAUACAUGUUUCUUUUCGCGUGAACGAUUACCCCUCUUUUUUCAAUCUUUCAUUUCUAUUUUAAGUCGGAAAUUAUGAUUAAUUGCCUCUGUGACGAUCUGUGCCUGGCACUGUGAACGUUUCAAGGAGGUGUAAAGAAUCAAGGAAAGUUAGCUGCUGCGUCAGUGGAAGUUCAGACGGUAACGUGCAUUCAGAAAGAUGGCAGGCUUUCUGAUGUGUGUAGCGCGUUUUCUAUUUUUAUUUUUUCUUCAUUCAAUUCCUGUAUUGUGCGGCCCCGGAACUAAGCUUGUGCAAAAUGUACCGGAGCCAUUAAUUCGAAGUGCCUUGAAUUCUUUGAACGAAGAUUCUCCGACGCAUCAUAUAUAUAAGGGUGGUAACCUGAUUAGUGCGCAAAAAUUGGAUGAAUCACCAUACGUGAUAUAUAGACUUACAUUUGAUUUAACUCCUGUAUGCAAAGAAUCAUUAGAACCGUGUCCACGAGAAGCAUGCACUAUCGAGGUGAAAAAACACGAACAAGGAGAGAUAAAUGUUCUAAGGGAAUCUAUACAGUGCAUGUAUUUGUAUCCUCAGUUGCCACAAGAUGAGCCAGCACAUACGCAAGAAAAUACUCAAGAGCAUGAGAUCAUUGAAAAUCUAGACAAACAAAUUAUUGGUAACCAGAGCGUUGAACUGGAUCAUGAGAUUCAGAAAACUGGAGAUAACAAUGAUAAACCGUUUAUUGCUAUGAGAGCUUCUAAUUCAAAAUAUUGUCCAGGAUGUCCUUAUGAACUUAAUCCAAAUUUACCUGGUUUAGUUGCUUUUGGAGAACAGGUGGCAAAAUCAAUGGAUGAAUUAAUACAAAAUGAUUUCAAGCAUAAAGUAAUUGACAUUGUUAAAGUAACCCGAGGUGUUCCACCAUCGUCUAACAUAAUACAGUAUCACCUCUUAUUACAUAUAGGAGAAUCUGAUUGUCUAAAGAAUGCGAUAGAUCAGUCAGAUUGUUCUGUACAAGUAGGUCUUCCUGUUAAGACAUGUUUGGUUACAUUUGAGGAAUUACCCUGGCAGCAAUCUACUCGUAGAAUAACAAGAAAUAAUUGUACUGUAGACAACAGUAUAGUAGGUGAAAGCAAUAUCAAUUCUUAUUCAACAUUGGCUGUUGAAUCACUUAUGACACCUUCACCUGACAAACAAAGAAUCGACCCUGAAAAGGCUGAUGCAUUAGAAAACUUGAGAGAUAUUCUUGACAAUUACACCAAUGCUGCAACUGCGAAAGCAGAAGACCCACAGCAAUCAGAAGUUACGGAACAUCCUGUAAUAAAAAUUUUGGUAAACAAAAGUGACGAUGAUGUAAAGCCCCAAGGAUUUGAAGAUAAAACUAAAGAGUUUGAUGAAUUUUUGAAGGAUUUCGAUUUGCCCACAAGAGAGGCAAAAUCAAAUACAAACACAAUCAGAGAAGAAGUUAAAGAAGAAACUAUUGUGCCAAAAAAAAUAUCAGCAGAUCCCACAAUGAACAAAUCAUAUACAUUUCACAGGAACAGAAGAACACCUGGUGCACCACGCAAAAUAAACAUUGAUUCCCCUGAAAUCCAGGAUGCCGCAAAGAAAGGACUAAAGAAACUUUCUCUUGAUUAUCAAGGAGUAAAUGAGCCUAUUAUAGUAGAAAUUGUAGAAGCCACGGAGCAGGUUGUUGCUGGAAUGUUAUAUAAAUUAAGAGUUAAAGUAGGUUCAAGCACAUGCCCAAAGGGUGUUAGAGAUAACUGUCUAUUACAGGAAGGAAGUGAAGUUCAAGAAUGUCUAUUCUCUGUGUGGUCUCAGCCUUGGAUGGAUCAAGGAUCUCCUAAAAUUUCCGUCGAUUGCAACUUAAAUAAUCAGCAAAAACGAUCUCUACCCACAAAUGAAUUGACACCUAUUUCUAAAGUAAGGAGUAAAAGACACCAAUCUGGUCUUGUUGGUGCGCCAGAAAGCAAAGAUAUUGAUGAUCCUGAAAUACAGAGGCUCGCUAACAAAGGCCUACACAAAUUAUCAGAAAGCUAUCGAGGCACAAACGAGCCUAUUAUAACAGAAAUUGUGGAAGCUUCAAAACAAGUUGUAUCUGGACUCUUAUAUAAAAUAAAGGCUAAAGUAGGUACAAGUACAUGCCCAAAGGGUGUUAGAGACAACUGUCUAUUACAGGAGGGAAGUGAAGUUCAAGAAUGUCUAUUCUCUGUGUGGUCUCAGCCUUGGAUAGAUCACGGAUCUCCUAAAAUUUCCGUCGAUUGCAACUUACAUAAUCAGCAAAAACGAUCUCUACCCACAAAUGAAUUGACUCCUAUUUCUAAAGUAAGGAGCAGAAGAGACCAAUCUGGUCUUGUUGGUGCACCAGAGAGCAAAAAUAUUAACGAUCCUGAAAUACAGAGGCUCGCUAACAAAGGCCUACAAAAAUUUUCAGAAAACUCUGAAGGCACGAACGAGCCUAUGAUAGUGGAAAUCGUGGAAGCCUCCAAACAAGUGGUUUCAGGAAUGUUGUACAAAAUUAAAGUUAAACUGGGCACUAGUGCUUGUCCUAGAGGCACUAAAGAUAAUUGUCAACUAAAGGAAGGUAGUGAUAUCAAGGAAUGUUUGUUCACAAUAUGGUCUCAACCGUGGAAAGAUAACGGUUCUCCAGAAAUUACCAUUAAUUGUGACUUAAAUAACCGCCGUAAGCGAUCCCUACGCGGCUUUCUAUAUAAUCAAAAAAUGUUGAGUAUGGCUAAGGACGUUAACGAGGAACUUAGGUUUGAAAGUUUCGUUGACGAAUAUGGGAAAAAGUAUGAUUCGCCCGAGGAAAAGCAAAUGCGUUUAAACGUUUUUAAAAAAAAUUUAAAACGUAUAGAAGAAUUACAGAAAUAUGAACAGGGCACAGCCGAGUAUGGUGUUACAAUGUUUGCGGAUUUAACGUCGAAAGAAUUUAAAAGCAGAUACUUGGGUUAUAGACCAGAGUUGCGGCAGAAAAAUGCAAUACCUUUUCCCGAAGCUAAGAUUCCGGACAUCGAUUUGCCACCCAAAUUUGAUUGGCGUACUCAUAACGCGGUAACUCCUGUAAAAGAUCAGGGUUCGUGUGGAUCGUGUUGGGCAUUUUCCACUACUGGAAACGUAGAAGGACAAUAUGCAAUUAAACAUGGAAAAUUAUUAUCACUAUCCGAGCAAGAAUUAGUGGAUUGCGAUAAAGCGGAUAGCGGGUGCAUGGGUGGAGAAAUGGACAAUGCUUAUAGAACCAUAGAACAAUUGGGUGGUCUCGAAUCGGAAACGGAUUACCCUUACGAUGCUAGAAAUGAGAAGUGCCAUUUCGAUAAAGGUAAAGCUGUCGUAGAAGUUGUCGGUGCUUUGAAUAUUUCAUCGAAUGAAACGAAAAUGGCACAGUGGUUAGUUAAGAAUGGUCCAAUCUCUAUUGCAAUCAAUGCUAAUGCUAUGCAGUUUUACCUUGGCGGUGUUUCGCAUCCAUAUAAAUUUUUAUGUAACCCGAAGGACUUGGAUCACGGCGUUUUAAUAGUAGGAUAUGGCAUGAGCAAGUAUCCUCUCUUCAACAAAGAAUUACCAUAUUGGAUUAUAAAAAAUAGUUGGGGCCCCCGAUGGGGUGAACAAGGCUAUUACAGAGUGUAUAGAGGUGACGGUACCUGCGGAUUAAAUACAAGUGCUUCGACCGCUAUAGUAGCAUGAUAAAAAUACUCAUGACACUAAUGACCUCUUAUAAUGAUAAAUAACUUAUCUUAAAUAAAAUUAUUUUUUUUUACUAACUCAGCACGCAUAUUGUAUAAAUUUUAUUGUUCAGAAUAUAAGAAAAUAAUCAAAGAUUUCGUUACCGGAACAGGAUCUUGCAAUAAAUAAGAUAGAACUACAGAAUUUUGACAGUUGUAAUUACUUAGAGUUCUAGUGAUGCUUUUGUAAUAAAAAAAUACUUGUUACAAUA